AUGACGAUGGAUAAUUUAUAUUUAUGUAUAAAACAGUUUAAUUCACGAUUAGGAGAUGAAUUAAACUUGAAAGUAGGUGACAAAAUCGAAGUUUUAGCUGAUGACUCUGAAUAUAAUGAUGGAUGGUAUAUGGGAAAGAAUCUUAGUACAGGUGAAGCUGGAUUAUAUCCAAAAAGUUUCACUCAAAUACUAGUAACUGAAGGACCACCUCAACCAAAAUUACUUAGGUCAAGAAGUAGAAGAUUAAACAAUUUGAAUAGUCCUAAUUCAACUUUUGAUGAAGAUAGUAGACCAAAUAGUGUUUUAAUAACACCUAAACAAUAUGGAGAAGUUAAUAAAACUAUGGAUGAUAUCGAUAAAGCUUUAGAAGAAUUACAAGUUUCAGUACCAAGCAAUCAAUCAUACCCUCAAGUUAAUGAUGAUUCAAAUGCCAAUAUUUCAAGUAGUUCUAUUAACAAUUCCAAUGGUAAUGAUACUACUUCAGGUACUGUUGAUAGAUCUUCAAUUACCGAUUUAAAUCCUAAAGAUGCUAUAAAUUGGAACCCUUCACAAGUUACUUCAUAUUUUGCUUUAGUUUUAGGUUUCGAUACUAAUAUUGCAGGGAAGUUUUCAAGACAUAAGAUAACAGGAGAAAUUUUAUUCCAAUUAGAUUUAAGUCAUUUAAAAGAAUUGGAUAUUGAUUCUUUCGGUACCAGAUUUGAAAUCUUCAAAGAAAUCGAAAAAUUAAAGAAAUUGUCCAAUGGUUCAAGUGAUGAUAUAAAAGAAACCAAACCUAAUUAUAAUGAAGUCAAAACCCCUCAACAAGUUCAACCAGAUCUUUCAAUGGAAAGAGAUUCAAGAGGUCGAGAUAAUAUCAAAAGUCAUUCACGUCAAAGAUCACAAUCUUUAGAUAAAUUAAAUACUAAUUUCAAAUUCGGUGAACCAACUUUAGACAGACCAGCAUCUUCAAUUUAUGAUUCUGUACAUUCUCAUUCAAGACAACAUUCAAGACAACAACUGAAAGAUGUUGAUUAUUAUCAUAAAAGAAAUUCAUCAGUAUUAUCCAACUUGGAUUACAAUAAUUAUCAUCAUCGUAAGAAUUCUUCGAAAUUUUCUUUUGGUAAAGAAGAGAAAUUGAUUUCUCCUGCCAAAAUAAGGAAAGACCCUUAUGCCAAUGAAGUUGGCCAAGGUUAUGGUCAAAACAAUUCAAGUAAUGGUAAUAUCAACACUAUUGUUAGUAUUAGUGAUAGUACAGGAGAAAGUAAUAAAUCUGAAGAUGUUACACCUAUUGACGACAUUCAAUUAUCACCCAAGAAGAAUUCAAUUUCAAGUCCUAUAGUCACAAGUUUACAAUCCAACAAUUCAUCACCAGCAAUUGAAAAUAAAAACAUUUCAAGAUUUAAGACUUUAAAGACUGCUUCCACUCAAAAUUUCAAAAAUUUCACUAGUUCCAAAAAACUGAAAACUUCAGCAUUCCAAGAAGGUAUUAGAAAUAUCACACCCGAUGAAGCUAUCAAAACAGCUAAUUAUUCCGGUUUUAUGGCUAAAAGAUCAGGGAACAAUUUAUCAUGGCGUUCAAGAUAUUUCACCUUACAUGGUACUAGACUUUCAUAUUUUACCAGUUUAAAAGAUAAGAAAGAAAGAGGAUUAAUUGAUAUAACUGCUCAUAAAGUUAUACCUAUUUCAACUGAGGGUGAAGAUAAAUAUAUUGCAUUAUAUGCAUCAUCCACAGGUUUAGGAAGAUAUUGUUUUAAAAUCGUCCCACCAGCUCCAGGGUUCAAAAAAGGAUUAACUUUCACUCAACCAAAAGUUCAUUAUUUUGCUGUUGAUACAGCUGAUGAAAUGAGAGGGUGGAUGAAAGCUUUGAUGACUUCAACCAUUGAUAUUGAUGAUUCGGUACCAGUAGUUUCAUCAUGUUCAACACCAACAGUUUCAUUAGCAAAAGCUCAAGAAUUAUUAGCCAAAGCAAGAGAAGAAACUAAAUUGAAAGAUAUUGAUAAUGAAUUUAGUGAAGCUCAAUUAACUAAUUUUAUUGGGAAUUAUACUUUAGAUCCAAAUAGCAGUGGAGAAAAUAGUCCUUUAGUUGAAACCAAUGAAGAUAGAUUAAGAUAUCAAGCUAAAAUCAAUAACAGUCAUAGUAAUUUAUCUCAUUAUACUAAUGGAAGUAGUGAUCCAUAUCAAAAUCAUCAAACACACCAAACACCUUUACAACCACCGUUAAAUGUUAAUGUUAACAUUCCAACAUCCAAAACCAUGGAUUCUCCAAAUACUCCAACAUCCCAAUCAGGAUUCGCAUCACCAUACUUAUUGGCCUCAGGAUUAUUAUCACCAAAAAGUGAACUGCAAUCAAGAGUAUCUACCAUUAAUUCCGCUCAACAUCCUCAUCCAACUAAUCGUAUUUCAUCAUCAGCAAGUAUUGGUAAUCAUAGUACAGGUACUAGUAUUAUUCCAAGUAGUGAUCAUGGAUCAAUUCCUGGUAGUAAUAACGGUAGUGCUUUAACAACUCCAGUUGAAAGUAAAGAUUAUUUCGAAGUUAGUCCUAAAAAAAAGAGAGGUAGUGAAAAGUUAAUGGCUUAUUCUAAUGAUGGUAGUGGUAACCAUACUUUUUUUAUCAAACAAAAGAAAUAA